ACCACAAUCUAUUUUCUAGAUUUUCAAGCUUGUGUACACGCUAAAAUGAGUAGCAAUAAAGUUUACACCAAACGUCUAUACGAUGGAACACACCCAGUAGACUUCAAUGUUACAAGCGAGCUCAAUUCAAAACUAUUUGAGAAAGAAACCUGGGAGAUCAAAAUGAGAUCUUCAAAUAAUCCACGCGUGCAACUUCUUUCGGCGAAUGUUGAUUUGUUAGAUACCAUAAACAUAAUCGACACGUACGACAGACCAGGAAGCACAAGGAAGGAGAGCACAUAUGCUCGAAGUGGAAAAGAGCAGUCAGGUUUUGAAGACAAACCAGGGAAGAGACUCCCCAAAUCUCAAGUCUUUGCAGAAGCGGGAGUGGGUCGAGCUCGUGCUGAGCUCAGCGUGUUAGAAGCAGAAGCUAAAGGUCCAAACGCUGGGGCCAGCGCGGCAGCUAACGUGAUCGGACUCAGUGCCAUGGCUCGGGCUGAAGUCGGCAGCGCAUCGGCCAAAGCCGGGCCGGUUGGUGUGAAGGUGGGGCUCGGAGUGGAUACGGGUGCAUCCAUUGGAGCAGGCGGCGUGGAGGUGAAAAUCCUGGGAACUGGAGUCUCUUUUGGCCCAAAAACCAGCGUUUCACUUUUGGGUUCAGAAGUGUCGUGUUCAGUCAUGUAGUCAUAGAUAUGAAUCAUCUUUGAAUAUACAAUCAUAUAUUCACACUGAAAUGAUUCAAAUGUAAUUGUAUUGCUCAAGUACCAGAGUAUGUUUAAUUAUAAAAUACUGAUGUUUUAGUUUACGGCAUUUAAGAAAUGUAUAUUUUAUUUUGGCGAGAUAAAUACAACUACAAGAACUAUAAAAAAUAUUAGAACUAUAUGGAAAUAUGUUUGAUUGCACAACUCCAGCUCUUUUUUCUUGGUAUUCUGCUGUUGUUGUGCUAACAUGGGGAUACGAUUGUUACUAAAGACUAUAUAAAGUACAUUUAAUUCAUGAUAUUAUCAUACAACAUUAUUAAAAACUGCAUGAACAUGCCACUGUGGGUCAUCACAUUUUUGGGGUUUCCAUUCCCAUUAACAAAUACAGGUUUUAUUAUUCAGCACAGUAUACUGUAGUCACACAGAUUCUGGAGAAAUAUCGGAGAUUUAGAUGAGACUUAAGCAAAAGUUUCCGUUUGCUCUUCGUUUG